AUUUCAGGCUUGUCGAGGUGAUAAAUUCGAUUCGGGAAUUUCAUUAAUGCGAAGUGCUGUCAGAACAGAAACAGAUUCUGCAACUGCUGCAUAUAAAAUUCCAACCCAUGCAGAUUUCCUUAUUGCUCACAGCACAGUCCAAGGAUUUUUCUCCUGGAGAAAUCCCGCGGAAGGAACAUGGUACAUUCAGUGCUUAUGUGAAAUAAUCGAUGAGCAUGCUGAAACGACGGACCUUGUUAGAAUGCUGACAAUGACGUCGCGUAAAGUGGCCACGGAAUAUGCAUCCUAUGAUAAUUUAAAUCCAACAAGACACGAUCAAAAACAAGUUCCAUCAAUCACUUCAAUGUUGAUAAGAGAUUUGUUUUUUACCAAAAAAACAUAAAGUCAGUAUAGGCUAUUUUAUAAUUAUUAUCACCAAAAAAAAAGAAAAAUUCAGCAGGAUAAUCAGAAAGAUAGAGGGGAAAAAAUAUAAUGAUAAUACUCUCCAAACGAUCAUACAAAAAAAAAAAAUAAAUCAUUCCAUGUAUAAUUAUUGUACUGCAGUCUCUUCGAUUAUCACAUGCGAAGAUGAGAUGAAACGGGAAAAGCACAAAAGAAAAAUGACCUUUGAAUGUCGAGUGGCUCCGCGUAUAUACCUCAAAAGCUCCUUUUUAGACAAAGGAUGAACGACUUCUUGUCGUUCGUGUUCCACUUUUUUUUUUUUUUUUUCUUUCUUUCUUUCUUUUUUUCA